CUGCUCCUCACGGCGCCCCCUCCUCCCGUUUCGCUCAGCCUAUCCCGGCUGGGCCGCGCUGGGCUCGGCUCGGCUCGGCUCGGCUCGACUCGACUCCCUGCUGUUGGGCGGGGAGGGCGGCCGGAGCUAGGGGGAGGGGAGCCGCAAGGACAUGGGCUGGCUCUGAGGGCCGGGGGAGGGAAGACGACGUGCGUGUACCUCCCUGUAUUUUAAUAACUGUUUGUUGUUGGGUGGUGUGGGUUGUUUUGUUUUGGGGUAUUUUUUAUUAUUUUCGUUUUCCCCAAGGCGGAGGGGAGAACAGCCGCCCUCCCGCCCCAGCGCGCCUGCAUGGCUCCUCUCCCCCGGAGCGCCCCUGGAAAAUAAAAUCCGCCUCAGGCCAGGUGACGUCCCCCCGCCUCCGCGCUCACACACACGGGGAGCGGCAGAGGCGGGGGAGCGCCCGCCUGUGAGAACAUGGAGGGACCCUCGGGCCCGGCGGAGGAAGGGGAGCUGCCGCUCCUCACUGUCAAGCACGAGCUGAGGAACGCAAAUUUGACAGGCCAUGCAGAGAAAGUUGGCAUUGAAAACUUUGAACUCCUGAAAGUUCUUGGAACCGGGGCCUAUGGAAAAGUGUUCCUAGUAAGGAAAGUAAGUGGCCAUGAUGCUGGAAAGUUGUAUGCCAUGAAAGUACUGAAGAAAGCAACAAUAGUUCAAAAAGCCAAAACAACUGAGCAUACAAGGACAGAACGACAAGUGUUGGAGCACAUUAGGCAAUCACCGUUUUUGGUCACGUUACAUUAUGCCUUCCAGACAGAUACAAAGCUUCAUCUCAUUUUAGACUAUAUAAAUGGAGGAGAAUUGUUUACUCACCUUUCACACAGAGAGAGAUUCUCAGAAAAUGAGGUGCAGAUUUACAUUGGGGAAAUUGUUUUGGCACUUGAACAUCUCCACAAGUUGGGGAUUAUAUAUCGGGAUAUAAAGCUUGAGAAUAUUCUCCUCGAUUCUGAUGGCCAUGUGGUGCUGACAGACUUUGGUUUGAGUAAGGAGUUUCUUACUGAUGAGAAUGAGAGAGCAUAUUCCUUCUGUGGAACAAUAGAAUACAUGGCUCCAGAUAUUGUAAGAGGAGGAGAUACAGGACAUGAUAAGGCUGUUGAUUGGUGGAGUGUUGGUGUGCUUAUGUAUGAAUUAUUAACUGGAGCGUCACCAUUUACAGUUGAUGGAGAGAAGAAUUCCCAAGCAGAGAUUUCUAGGAGAAUAUUAAAAAGUGAGCCACCUUAUCCGCAAGAAAUGAGUGCGCUGUCUAAGGAUAUAAUUCAACGUCUUUUGAUGAAAGACCCUAAGAAGAGGCUAGGUUGUGGUCCCACUGAUGCUGAUGAAAUCAAACAGCAUCCCUUUUUCCAGAAUAUGAAUUGGGAUGAUUUAGCUGCCAAAAAAGUAUCGGCUCCAUUUAAACCAGUAAUCAGAGAUGAGUUGGAUGUCAGUAAUUUUGCAGAAGAGUUUACAGAAAUGGAUCCAACAUAUUCUCCUGCAGCAACUCCUCAGACUUCAGAAAGAAUAUUUCAGGGAUAUUCUUUCGUUGCACCUUCUAUUUUGUUUAAACGCAAUGCAGCUACAGUAGAUCCUCUUCAAUUUUAUAUGGGGGAUGAGCGGCCUGGAACUACAACUAUUGCCAGAAGUGCUAUGAUGAAGGACUCUCCAUUUUAUCAUCAUUAUGAACUGGAUCUGAAAGAGAAACCAUUGGGAGAAGGAAGUUUUUCCAUUUGUCGAAAGUGCUUACACAAGAAAACUAGCCAAGAGUAUGCAGUAAAAAUAAUUAGCAAAAGAAUGGAAGCCAACACCCAGAGAGAAAUAACAGCUCUGAAACUCUGCGAAGGACACCCGAAUGUAGUGAAGUUACAUGAAGUUUAUCAUGACCAGCUUCACACGUUUCUAGUAAUGGAAUUGCUGAAGGGAGGAGAAUUGCUUGAACGUAUUCAGAAAAAGAAACAUUUCAGUGAGACUGAGGCCAGUCAUAUUAUGCGCAGACUUGUUUCAGCAGUGAGCCAUAUGCAUGAUGUAGGAGUUGUCCAUAGAGAUCUGAAACCUGAGAAUUUAUUGUUUACAGAUGAAACUGAUAAUUCAGAAAUAAAAAUAAUUGAUUUCGGCUUUGCUCGUUUAAAACCACCUGAUAAUCAGCCUCUUAAGACUCCAUGUUUUACUCUUCAUUAUGCUGCCCCAGAGCUCUUGAAUCACAAUGGUUACGACGAAUCUUGUGAUCUGUGGAGUUUGGGGGUCAUUUUGUAUACAAUGCUAUCAGGACAGGUACCAUUUCAGUCUCAAGACAAAAGUUUAACAUGUACCAGUGCAUUGGAAAUUAUGAAGAAAAUAAAAAAGGGAGAAUUUUCCUUUGAAGGAGAAGCUUGGAAAAAUGUUUCUGAAGAGGCUAAAGAGUUAAUUCAAGGACUUCUAACAGUGGACCCAAACAAAAGAAUUAAAAUGUCCAGCCUGAGAUACAACGAAUGGCUUCAGGAUGGCAGCCAGCUGUCAUCCAACCCUCUAAUGACUCCUGAUAACUUAGGCUCUUCAGGAGCUGCGGUGCAUACAUAUGUCAAGGCCACUUUUCAUGCCUUUAACAAGUACAAAAGAGAAGGAUUUUGUCUCCAGAAUGUUGACAAGGCACCUCUUGCAAAGAGAAGGAAAAUGAAAAAAACAAGUACAAGCACAGAAACACGUAGCAGCUCCAGUGAAAGUUCACAUUCUUCUUCCUCUCAUUCUCAUGGUAAAACUACACCUACAAAGACACUGCAGCCAACAAACCCUACAGACAGCAAUAACCCAGAAACCAUCUUCCAGUUCUCUGAUUGAAGAGCAGAGAGUAUCUUGUCUUGAAGAUUUAAGUGGUUAUAAACUCGGUAGUACCAAUAUUGUCUUCUCCCACCUUUCCUCCCUGUGGCUUACAGGCUACAGGAAUAUGUCUGUUGCUUUAAAAAUGUAUUUCAAUCAUAACUUUUUAGCUUUGUAUUUCAAUACAUUUCUUUUUAGCAUUAAGUUUGGUAUCACUGGAUAUGGUAUAAUACUAUUAUACAACCAACAUUGUAUUCUCUUAGGGCUAAAUUACUAGUGUGCAGUCCAGCUCAAGGUUAAGGAGCUAUGCUGCUCAUGGUACAGCUUGGAGGAAGACUGUUUCUCAGUGUCAGAAUCUUCCUCCCAGUUUCUUCCCCACUGUUCAAAGGAAGGAAAGCUCUGUAACACGUAUAGAACUCUUGGAUCUCCUGCUUUUACACAGCUGUGUGAAGAAUGUUAUAGAAUUUGAUUCUUCAUGCAUGUAAGGAAUCAUUGGUACAAUGCACCAAAGCAGUAUAGUACUUUAAGGCCUUUUAAAUUUGUGGUUACAUUCUAUCCCAUUUAUUUGAAUUUUAAGAGCAAAAUGAAGCAUUAUGGAACUUUUAUGUUGUUUUAAAAAGUAACUCCACAUAUCUUGUUCUAAACAACUGGGAAUAUAAGUCUUAGAAUUUUUUUUAAUUAUUUAUUUAAUUUUUACAAAAACAUCUAGGGUAAAAGAUGUCUGAUAAGGUGAGGUGUCUAGUACUGUGAUACAAUAAUUUUUAUUUCUACUUUUUGAAGUUAUUAACUUUUAAAAUGUUUUACAAAUUCUAAAAUGUAAUGCUAUAAGAGAAAGUGAAAUUUCAUAUUGAAUGCUUUGGAAAAUGGUCACAUGUUAAAAUAUCUAUCUUAAGAAUUAAUUAUAAUUUAUAUUUUCUUUUUAUAUUUACACAAUAACUUUAAAAUACUAAGAUUUUUUUAAAGAUGCAAAAACUCCAGUUUCCACACUUGUUAUUAUAGGGUCCAUACAAAACGUAUACCAAGUUAUUUGAAUGUUGCAUUGUGCAAAUACAGCAGUUUAAUAGUGACUGUAAAAUAUUAGAGUAUAUGUUUUCUUUUUUGCACUUUAGAACAUCAAAAGGAGAUGUUUUAUAAUAAAGUGCACUCAGAUCUCUCUUCCUACAAGGUGCUGAGCACUGUUUUACUGGGUUGGAUGACCUGAAACCCACCAUAUUUGGUGGUUGUGGUCAUUGUGAAGGAGAAUUCUGUACUUUGCAGGAGUGAAUCCCUGUAUAUUACCCUCUGUUUUCAUUCCUUUAAACUGCAAAACUCUUUCUAUCUUGCUUUUACAUUGUAUAUAGCAAAUACCAGACCUGGGCACCUUGUGUAGUGUAGAUGUUAACAACUUAUGCACUGGGAAUACUAAAGGGAAAUUAUAUUGAACACUGUGCUUCACAACUUGUUCACUGUGGUGUUCUACAGUGAAGUAUUUCCUACUGUGAUAGUAUAGUAUGUACAUAACUGUUUGGAAUCAUAAAUGUGACUUACAGAAACAUCAGCAUAAACUUUUAAAUCAGCAUAUUUUAUAAAUUUAUGGACAGCUCUUUUAUUGCUCUUAUUCUCAAUGACUAGGGGUAACUUAAGUGCUAAAGAUGACUCCAGUUUUGCAAAUGCUUACAUGUGUAAGUUUCCACUGAAGUCAGAGAGACUCCUUGUGUAAAGUUAAUCAUAUACCUAAAUUUGUCUGAUGGGAGACUAAUUGACUAGGGGGUUUUGUUAACAGCUUGCUCUAUCUUAAAGUAACCUUAAUCCAAACCCUAUGCAAAAAAGGUUAUAGGAAUUGUUUAUAUCAGUGGUUUUAUUUAUAGAAUUCUAUCAGAUUAUCAGUAUUGACAAAUACAAUACAUCCAUGUUUACAGGGAUUGUGUGUAUCAAAACAAGGCUUUGAAGCCCAACAUGUUUGUUCUGUGUUUCUUUAAUAUUAAUAAUGGCAUUCUGAGGUUUUGGAAUUGCUCAUGUGAAAUAGUUUACUACUUUCUUGAUGUGAAUGUCAACAGUAAUUGCAGCAUUAAUUUCAGGUUGAUGUGAAUAUUGAGAUUUGCACUGUUUAUGUAGAAGUAGUAUAUUUAAAGAUCAGUAUAUGUGCUAAUAACACAACCAAUUUUAAGUGACCGAUGUUAAAAUAUUGAAAAAUAAUUGUCAAUGUAAUAUAUUCGGGUUUGCUUUCUGAAUGCUCUCUUUGGAAGUAAUCUCAAUAGUGAACAUGGCUCAUUUGUAAAAGAAUACUUUCCCGCUCCCCAAUAAACUUGCUGUAAAUACAACAAACAAUCCACCAUUAGUACUUGUUAUGCAGACAGUACAAGUAAAUUGGGAGGUGGGAGAACAGGUUGCUUGUAAAGUUUGCAGUUUGAGGAGUUCUUGGAAUUCGUUGUCUUUAGGGUGAGGACAACAAAAAAGCAAUUUUCUUUGAUUUCAUUUAAGCGUAAGAAACUUUUGGAUACCAGGUGGAUUUGGAACAUGGUGUCCCAGCUGAAAUAACUCCUUAAAGUUCGGAACACAGUUGUUUCCCUGUUGGGAAAUUUAAUCUGUUGCUUGACAAACUGAUGAAACAAGAAAAAAGAAUGCUUGCACAAGAUAGUAAAUGCUAGAGGUAAUGGCUGUAUUGUCAGAGAUUUUUUCGCACAGGUUUUGAGAGACUGUUGUGAGACUAAAAUUAUUAGAAUAUAUCAUUUGUAUCAAGGGCAACUUUUAUAGAUUAAUAUUUCCGUGUCCUCUUUGUGCUCUUAACAGUAGUUAUUAAAUAAAAAUUUAAAAACAGGGUAAUUCUUUUUGGCAGGGUUAAGUACAUUUAGGUGUUGCCUUGCAUUUGCUUUGAACCAGUUACCUGGGGUAGCUGACAUGUUUAUCACCUCUGACUUUCUGCUGUCUCCAGGUAACAGAGCUCUUGAGGAGGUGCGUUUGGCACUACGCUGUCUGAAUUUUUAGAUUAGCAUCUUUACAUAAACAACUGCUGAUCUCCUUUUACAUUUAUAAAACUGAGUUUCAAGCUAGGCAGCUCAAGAGCAGGUUCACAUCUUGUUCAGAUCUCCCUGCAGGAGACUAGUUACUCUUGGCAGAACGAUGUUGUCUUAGCGUAGCGUAAUCUGUUACUCGAGGUAAUGUAAAGACCGUGGGCCAAAUUUUUCAUACUCGUACCACUAUUUCAAAUCUGAAGUGUACAAGCCAAUCUUCAUUAGUACUAUAAAUAUUUUAUAUUGCCUUGGUAAAGAGGUGUUAGACUGUAAAUUAUGUUUAUACUCAGAUUAAGUUUCCUUCGCAGUGCUGCUAUGCGUCAAGCAAUUUUUAUGUCUAGUAAUGAUCUCUCUGCUGUCAGAAAUGUAAUGCAGUCAGCAAUAUUGUGAGCAGAUUUGUUUGAAAAAUGAAAUUUCUUAUCACUAAAUAUUUAAAUAACUAGUGUGGUUAUUAAUCUAAUCUUUAAAGUACUUGAUAUUCUGUGAAGUUAUUUCUUUGUAACACUUUUAGAAACACAAAUAUUAGUAAUUAAGAGGUAAUUCUGCUAAAGGAUUUAGAGGAGUACAAAGGAAGUAACAUGACCUACUCUUCCUCUGGCUUAGUGAAAUUUCUACACUUUUAUAUAAGGAAAAGCAGCUGAAAUAUUUACUGUUUCUUAAUAGAAGGGUCAGUGCAUUUGGCAUAUCUAUUGUUUACUGCUACAAAAAAAACAUUAUUAAAAUGCUUUAUUGAACAGUUUUGGGGGCUAACAUAAAAAUACGCUAUUGCAUCAGAAUGGAUUGAGGCUUGAAGUUGGCAUUGUUGAUGUACGUAUUUUUCUCAGCCCUUUUCCAUGGCUACUUUUCUGAACAAGGUAAUGAUACCUGCACAGCCAUGUUCCCUAGUGCUCAUCCAGAAACAGAGUAAUUCUUGGCUGAAAAUAUACACAGAAUUAUGAUGUAUGUUUAUUGGUUGUGAUGAAGUGUUGCACACGUCUUACAUUUUUAAUAUGCACAUGUAUUAUGCAUGUGUAUGUGGAUACAUGCUGUAUUACAUGUCUAGACCUCAAUUUAAUAUGCCUUGUUUAAGAGAAUUUGUACUUAAAAAGGAGUUCUUGACUUGCACAGAUUCAGAGGACCAGAUGAGGGGGCUACCAGAGAAGAGGAAGAAGGUUAUGGGAAGUCAGAGAUGAGAGGCUUCUGGAAAGAAGUUUUCAGGGGUCAGUGCGUGUAAUAUUCACUGACACUGAACUGCAAGCUUUUUUGCCAGUUACCCAGCAUAAACACAUUUCCUAAAUCUUCAGGUCUGUGAGUAUGUGUGUGUGCGUCUACACGCAUAUCUGUAUCUUGAUAUGACAUUUUGGUCUUCAGUUGGAAUUUUUGUUAUUUCUCAAUUAUCGUUCCAGGUGUUGUUCCCACGGUGGUGGACUUUAUUCUUUUUCCCCAUGUGUGACAGUCUUUCUCAGCACCGAUUUUUACAUUGCGAAACAUGACAUUGCCUUCCUUCAGUUGAGAUAGUUGACUGAAUAUUCUGGUUUGAGAGAACAGGAAAUAACAUGGCUGUUUCUGCUGUAAACAGAUAAAAGUGCUUUGAUCUUUGUCUACCUGUGAGAAACACUUCUCAGUUUGCUCCUUUGACUCAUGGGGCACUGAAUUCUAUAAUAAAUAAGAAAUGCAGAGCUGUUGGCUAGCUCUUGCCUGCCAUCCCGCGUUUUUUAUAUAUCACUCGUUCAAUAGAUUCUGGAUGUUCAGAACACCUAUGUAGAAAAGAAAACCGAGGAUGAUUCCUGUAGUCUGCACUAGUAAAUAAAGUGAUGCUUUCAAUUACAUAGACAAGCUGGAGCAGUCUUGUUUGUUGUGCCUGGAAGCAGCAAGAGUGGAGCAAUGUAAGACACCUGCAAUAAUGUAAAUUUGAAGGAAACUUGUUUGUUUUGACAGCCUUCAUGUUCUGUGUGGUGGAAAGGGAAGUCUGCAACUGCCUGGGAAUCAAUGGUAAGAGUUCAGGCAGAUGAGAUGGUACAGGCUGGUCUGACAGCUCACAGGGCCAUUCCUGAUCCUUUCUUCUGGCCACAUGCUCCACCCUCUUCUUGGUUCUGGUGUUUGUAUCACCUCUCAGCCAGCAGAGACAGGGGCAAAUAAAAGUGUUCUAUUAACUUGGUUAAGGUAUUUUGGUUAGCACUGGAUUAAUGAUUUUAUAAUUAAUCCAAAGUAAAACUAGUAAUGAAGCAUUGCAAAACCUAAUAAGCUAUAAUGCUGUGAUUUUUCAAAACUAAUAAUUUAUUCAGAGGUAGAAAGGAAUCUAUACUGUUCACACAUACAAUCACUUUUUAAAAUUGGCAACCAGUCUGUCUGUAUUCACAAAAUUCAUGCAGAAGUCUAUUAACUUCCUUUGAAAUGCCAACAAUAAAGAAAAACAGAACUUUAAUUGCUCAGGAACUGCUCAAAAACCUAUCACAGAUGAAACUGCAAGGAAAAUCAUAUGAACAUAAAUGAGAUGUGGAAAUGUAUGAUUGUGACCAAAGGUUUAUUUUCGUAAGUAAGAGAAAAAUCUAAGGAUUUAGGCUAAGGCCUAGUGAAUAACCAAAAGAAGUCUGCUGGGAAACGUCAUUGCUGUCUUUAUCUAGUUUAGUUCAAAAUACUUGUUACUGAUAUUUGCUGAUCUAACUACGUCUACCCAAGUACAUUUCUCAUCAGUUAUGGGUCUGAUUUUGUGUGACACAUUCAGCUAUACUAAAAAAACUUUGAAGUGCAAACUUGUCUUUGGAAUUACAGCAAAGUUAGAAGAAAGGGGGGGGGAAGUUAUAUGUAAAGAUGAUGAUGCAAAGACAGGACAAUGCUCAAGGUUUGUCUCCAAGUUAUGCUGACAGGUGACUAGGCGAUAGUAUCAUCAUAUUGUCUGUAGAAGCUUACUAUAACAGUAUGUAUCUUUUUUCCUUUAAAAUCAAUAUACAGUGGAGAAAAGAAACUAAAUUAAUGCACAAAAGUAGCAAGUACCUCAAAACCUUUUGCAGAUGUUUCCUUAAUGAGUUCUCAUGCUUUAAAUAUGUAGCUCAGCUGUACACGGAAGUUACUCUGAAGCUGUGCCUACUUGAGGGAACAGGAUCUCACUAUCUGGUGUUCAUUGCACAGUGAUUGUACAAAUUAUAACUCACUGCUGCUUUUAAGUUCAAGUGUUAAUACUAUACUACUUAAUAUGUUUAAGUCCGUCCUUAUGCAGCCCUGCCAGGUCACUUAGUUCAAUUUUAAAGCUGUCAGAUUAAAAGGAAAACUUGAGAUCUACUUCAACACCAAAGUGCAAACAGGCCUUUAAUCUUAAUCUACAUCUGGGUUACAAGAAUGAAUAAAAGCUUGGCAUUGGCUUUCAACCUUGACAGUCUUAUCAGUAAGAUGCAACUGCAGCAAAUUUGAUGCUUAUAGAUAUCUUUACUGAUUUCUUUCACCUGUAGAGAAAGAAACCUGAACAAUUAUUUCCUGUCAGGAAAAAACUGUCUUUUGCUAGAGUCCCAGUAGAAGAGAUCGUCCGUAAUUUCUACCUUUACCUCUGAAGCUGUAAAGGCAAGGAAUGAAUUGGUGACAGAUCUGACAGCUGGUUAUAAAGG